ACCACCCACCCCUACCAAAUUUCCCUCUUUUACCCAAAACCCCAAAGUUCCUGCUUCUGAAUUUUGAUGCAAAUUGAUCUUUACAACAUGUCGUCGAAGGAGUCUUAUGAUGAGUCGGAGCUGGAAUUGGGGCUCGGCCUCAGCCUUGGAGGUGCAAAUACUAAGCCCAACCAACCGGCGCCAUCCUCCUCCUCAUCCUCCUCUUCUUCUUCCAUUACUAAGCUCAAUCCUACCGGCACCAAGAGAACUGCUGAUUUCCCCUGUUCCCCGCCUGCCCGUUCUGCAAUUAGCAGCCAGGUUGUUGGAUGGCCUCCCGUCCGAACUUAUAGACUGAACAGCUUGUCGAACCAUGCAAAAUCACCCGUCACGGAAGAACUUUUCUCCAUUUCUGAUAAAUGUGAUGGCAAGUGUACUGAUAAUUCAAAUAACAAUAAUUCAAAGGAAAAAGGAUUUGUGAAGACAUCUCUGUUUGUAAAGGCUAAGAUGGAUGGGGUUGCAAUUGGUAGAAAGGUUGAUCUGAAUGCUCAUAGCUGCUAUGAGACUUUAGCUUCUGCAUUGGAUGCCAUGUUUAUUCCGAGUGCUUCAGUUGGGGCCAGAGGAUCAAAUAUGGAAGAGCAUGCUUCUGUUGCUGGUAAAAGACAACAUGUUAGAUUCCUGGAUGGUUCAUCUGACUUUGUUCUCACCUACGAAGACAAGGAUGGAGAUUGGAUGCUUGUGGGAGACGUUCCUUGGGAGAUAUUUCUGAAUUCUGUGAGGAGGCUCCGGAUCAUGAGGACAACCGAUGCCAAAGGGCUUGCUCCGGGAUCUCAAGAAAGGAAUGGGAGACGACCAAUUACUCCCUUAUAGAGAACACACCUUAUCUAGAAGCUUGAAGUUGUGAAUUCAUUGAUGCCAUCUGUUACCAACAAAAUAUAUCAAGGCAGCAUCGCGUUUGGUUUAAUUUUGGUCACUUUUACAUCUUAUAACUAAUAAUAUUCCGACACAUCAUAUACCCUCGAGCCAGGAUGCCAUCUGCAUCUGCACAACGCAGAUGCCCCGUCCCUCUUUUCUGUUUGUAGGUAAAGCAUACCUAGCAUUGCCAUUUGAUACACUGUAAGUAUGGAAAUGGCAAGUUUGCUACAUUCCUUCCUGGUUUAAAGAAGGAAUGCCUUUGUUAAUGCUUUAUUCCCUAAUUUAUAUCUCCUGUUUUUCGUGUAUUUCGUUGAGCUGUGUGAAAUGCUGGAUGGAGAAUUUGUACAAUGUGUAGACAUUGCGUCACUAUACACGAUGAUCAUAAUGUUAUUGAUAUGUCUUGAUUA